UCUGAGCGCGUGCGAACUACAGCUCUGUGGCAAGUUGCAGCCCAUCUCACCUCUGUGUGACUCUCCGCUGCUGUCUGUCUCUCUGUUGGACACAUUUCCUUGCCAGGAGCCGGCGAGGUGAACAGAAACCGGUCAGAAAGAGCAGCGGGGGGUGAAGUCAUGUUCAGACUCCUCAGUCACCACGGUAAGAGGACACGGAACUGCCUCGCAGGCCAGCGCCGCUAUGACCACCACUCGGCCGUCAUGGCCAUCCGCCGCGAGGACAUCAACCCCUGGGAGAGGAGGGCGCCACUGGCCCCGAAGCACGUCAAAGAGCUCACCAACGCCGGCGUCAAGGUCCUGGUGCAGCCAUCCAACCGCAGAGCCAUCCACGAGAAGUACUACAUAAGGUCCGGGGCUGUUGUUCAGGAGGACCUCUCGGAGGCGUCUCUGAUAAUCGGAGUGAAGAGGCCGCCGGAGGAGAAGAUAAUUCCCAGGAAGACAUACGCUUUUUUUUCCCACACAAUCAAAGCUCAGGAGGCCAACAUGGGGCUUCUGGAGGACCUGCUGAAAAAGGAGGUUCGCCUGAUCGACUACGAGAAGAUGGUCGAUGCUAACGGCUUUCGGAUCGUGGCGUUCGGUCAGUGGGCUGGUGUUGCAGGAAUGAUUAACAUCCUGCACGGUUUGGGGCUGCGCUUCCUGGCCCUUGGGCACCACACUCCCUUCAUGCACAUUGGCAUGGCUCAUAACUACAGGAACGUCAGCCAGGCCAUCCAGGCAGUGAGGGAUUGUGGGUAUGAGAUUUCCACAGGGCUCAUGCCCAAAUCUAUCGGCCCUGUGACGUUCUGUUUCACCGGUACCGGCAACGUCUCCAAGGGAGCACAAGACAUCCUGAACGAGCUUCCUGUUGAAUAUGUUGAACCUCACGAGUUAAAGGCAGUCUCUGAGACGGGAGAUAUGAGCAAAGUGUACGCCACCGUUCUGAGCCGUCAUCACCACCUGAUGAGGAAGAGCGACGGCAUUUAUGACCCCAUGGAGUACGAGGAUCAUCCGGAACUUUACACCUCACACUUUAGGACCAGCGUGGCGCCCUACACAACCUGUCUUAUCAACGGUAUUUACUGGGACCCCCACACCCCCCGACUCCUCAGACGACUGGAUGCCCAGAAGCUGAUGCGACCUCUCAAAGGCUCGCCUCAGACCACAGAGGGAUCACCAGGGCUCCCACACAGGCUGCUGGCCAUCUGUGACAUAUCUGCUGACACCGGAGGAUCUAUAGAGUUCAUGAACGAGUGCACCACCAUCGACAAGCCCUUCUGUAUGUACGACGCCGACCAGCAUAUAGAUCACGACAGCAAUGGGCUUCCCUACCUCGAGGCUGUGAGCGUGGAGGGAAACGGCAUCCUCAUGUGCUCCAUCGACAACCUUCCUGCUCAGCUCCCUAUUGGAGCCACAGAGUACUUUGGAGACCGACUCUUCCCCUACAUCUGGGAGAUGCUGCCUUCAGACGCCACCAGACCACUGGACGACGAGGACUUCAGCCCGCAAGUCAGAGACGCUGUCAUCACCUCAAACGGAGUCCUCACCCCAAAGUUUGAAUACAUUGAAAAGCUUCGAGAGAGAAGGGAGAAGGCUCAGAUCUUGAAGAAGGCUGGAAUGAAGCGUGUUCUGCUGCUGGGCUCAGGAUACGUCUCUGGACCCGUUGUUGAGUAUUUGACUCGCGAUGAGAUGACCCAGGUCACUGUGGCGUCGGUGCUGCUGAAGCAGGCGGAGGAGCUGGCAGCCACAUAUCCCAACACCAUCCCUGUGAUGUUGGAUGCAGGCAGCCAGGAGGGACACCUGGACUCUCUGGUCAAAGAUCAUGACCUGGUCAUCAGCUUGCUGCCGUACGCUCUUCACCCACUCAUCGCCAAACACUGCAUCAAGAGGAAGGUCAACAUGGUGACAGCCAGCUACCUGAGUCCUGCCAUGAGGGAGCUGCAGAGCAGAGCGGAGGAGGCGGGCAUCACCAUAGUGAAUGAGAUGGGACUGGACCCAGGUAUCGAUCACAUGCUGGCCAUGGAGUGCAUCGACCAGGCCAAAGCUGACGGCUGCACAGUGGAGUCCUACAGCUCGUUCUGCGGCGGUCUUCCUUCUCCUGAGUGUUCAGACAAUCCUCUUCGCUACAAGUUCAGCUGGAGUCCAUAUGGCGUCCUCCUCAACACCAUCAGCCCCGCCAUCUUCCUCCGAGACAACGAGGUGGUGAGCAUCCCGGCCGGCGGGUCUCUGAUGGACUCUGCCACGCAGAUGGAUUUCCUCCCUGGAUUCAACCUGGAGGGAUUUCCAAACCGCGACAGCACCAUCUACGCUGAGCCUUACGGCAUCCAGACAGCACACACACUGAUCAGAGGAACAUUGCGCUUCAAGGGCUUCUCCAAGGCCAUGAGUGGCUUUGUCAGACUGGGUCUAAUCAGCAGCGAGCCCUGUCCCAUCCUGCAGCCUACUUCGUCUCCUGUUUCUUGGAAAGACCUCCUCUGUAAGCAGAUCGGAUUGUCCUCUUCUACUUCACAAGAUGCCUUUGAAGAUGCCGUAUACGAACACGUGGGAAAGGACGACUUCAUAAUGGACACACUGAGAUGGUUUGGGAUGUUGAGCGACGAGUCGGUGCCUCAUGCCGACAGUGUGCUGGCUGCUCUGACAAAACAUCUGGAAGCCAAACUGUCCUUCGUUGAGGGCGAGCGAGACAUGAUAAUCAUGAGGAAUGACGUCGGGCUCCGCCACCCAACCGGCGAGCUGGAGACCAAACACAUCAGCCUGGUGGUGUACGGUGACCCCAACGGCUUCUCCGCCAUGGCCAAGUCUGUGGGAUACCCAGCAGCCAUCGCUGCCCGCAUGGUCCUUGAUGGUGAAAUCAGUACGAAGGGAAAUGUGGUUCCGAUAACGAAGGAUGUCUAUGGGCCGGCGCUGGCCCGACUGAAGGAGGAGGGACUUCGCUUCAUAUCCAAGAGCACCCUGCAGGAGUAGAGCAGAUCAAUCAUCACUGUAAAUACAACCUCAAAAACUCCAGAGAAAAUUUUCUCAGCUGCCUUUUCAGCAGCUUCAUCCAAACGGGACCUUCUGACGGUCUAAGACUCACCUGUCUGCUGUUGUUGGUGUUUAAAAUGAUAUUUUAUCUCACCUGCUAGGGGCUGAAAAUAAAUAUUAAUUGUGCGUUUCUUCCCAGUAAAUAUUUGAAGAUUAAGAGGGGAAAAUAAGGUUGAAUAGAGAGAAAGAGAUUAAUCCCCCCAAAAAAGUUAUUUUAUACUGGUUUGAAAAAUUAUGUAAAUUUUAGGUCAAAAGCAUUAAAAAGGCAGCUGGAUAUUCCGUUAUCUUCAGUUUAAUAUUAACGCCUUGAGUUUGGAUAAACUUGAUCAGCUGUGCUAAACAGAAAUUGUUUCACUGGCGUCGACUGUUUGAGAGAAACAUUUCUUCUGUGAAGAUGUGUGAGAUGUCAACUGAUCAAACACUAUUGAAGGAAUAAGACAUUUAAAGCAUUAAAACAUCUUCUCAUUAAUCUGGUGAAACUACGGUUGAAACUGGUAGUCGACCUUGAAGGGCCGAUUCUUGAAGCCGAUAUUGCCUUUUCUCCCUCCAUUUACAUGUUAAAAAUGACACAAUGAUGACAAAUGUUACACAAGUCUCACUUUAAACAAAAAAAGAAACAUUUAUUAACAAAUUAGCAUAACAUUUAUUAGCAAACAAUGUGUAUGUUGUUCUAGGCCUGGAGGUGGUGGCGCCUCAGAUGAUCCACAUAUUUGAUGUGUUUUUCUUUUUUCCGGUAUCAGCAGCAGCUCACCAGAGAAUGGCAGAUGUUGCACCGAGCCUUGCCUGCUGUUGGCUCAGUGAAAUAGGCUCAUUGAUCAGCGAACGCAUGCAAGUAUCGGCCGAUGCCGAUACAAGUAAAAAACGCAAAUAUCGGCCCGAUAUAUCAGCCGGACGAUAUAUCUGUCGACCUCUAGUUGAAACCAGUUUUUCCUAGGAUUUGAAACUUCCUUGUAACAUAUGAACCGAGUGUUGUUCAAUGGACAAUCAGAGCGACGCUACAGACCAGUCGGACGUUUAACCAUUCAUGCAUCAUGCGUAAAUGUGCAAAUUCUUUAUUCUAUUAUUCUUAUUUUGUAGAUUUUUAGAAAUCAACAGAUGCUACACCUUUAACUUUUAACUGUCCUUUUUACGGCUCAAACAGCAUCUGAUUUAUGUAUUAUUGUAACUGAAUAUCCAACAAACCCACCUCAAUACUGCACUAACCUUCAAACUGUGAUAAACAAACGCAUAAUUGAAAUCUGCUGCAGCAUAAAUCCAACAUUAAAACCAUGGAUUACUAAUAAGGGUUUCCAAUCAAAUGUAGUCUU